AUGGAAUCAAUAGUUAAAGAUUGUAUAUCGAAUAUCAAUGGUGUUUGUAGAAUAUGCAAUCAAAAGAUAUCAUCUGAAGAUGUAGUUGAUAGCAGUGUAACAUCAUCUCAUCAGCAAUCUAUAAUCAAUCACUAUUUAGAUUGUAUCGAUAAGUUUAAAUCUUUGUUGUUGAAUAUCAAUAGUAAUCAUGUCGAUCAUUGUCAGCAAGACAAUAAUACAACAAGAAAGAGAAAGAAGAUUGAAAAUGAAGCAAAUAUAUCAACAACUAUUGCAUCAUCAACAAAUCAUUAUUUUAAAGAUUCAUUAUUUAAAAUAUCGAUGAUAUCAAUAUUACAUCGUGAAGAUCAUAAUCAAAGUGUAAUGAAUUUAUUGAUGACUUGUAAAGAUGCUAUGAAAUGGAAGGAUACUGUUGUAUUCCCAAGAUUACCUUCAAUCGAUAUGAUUGCAUUGUACAAGAAUAAUGGUAGAAUCAAUCAACUACCUCGACGAUACAAUAGAGUCUAUAUCGAUAAUGUUAGAGAUCGAGACUAUUUCAAAGAGAAUCCAGAUGGUUUAAUCAAUCAUCACUGUCAAGGUAUCGACUAUCGCAUUGAUGAACCGAUACCAGCUGGAUUCAUACCAGACCACUUUACAAAGAUUCAAGUUAGUGGACGGAUAGAAGUUGGAUCAAUACCACCAUUUACAACUCACCUCGCUCUUUUGUUGGACAACCCACAAGAUAUAUAUAAAGAGUUGUUCCCAGAUACAUUAGAGGUACUCGAAAUCACAAAUGUAGAGAUUGGAAAACACUCAAACAUUGAUGAUCUCUUACCACACAAUCUAAAGAUACUUACAAUAUCAUCUGAUUUGGUGCUUCCCUAUCUCUUUAAACUCAACAAACUAUAUUGUCUCAUUAUUUCCGAAGUUGAAAAAGAGACUGGCGAUGAUGAUGAUGAUGAAGACGAUGAUAAUCAACAUGUACAUAUAGAUAUUCACAUUGGAAGUAUACCCGAUACAAUCGAGCAUUUAUAUCUUGGGGAUUGCAUCAUCGAGCCUGGAUACACUCUGCCAUCUGGCGUCAAGUACCUUAAAAUCAACCUCACUAAAAACUCGUCUCAAUGUAUUCCUCCAUCUGUUGAGAAUCUAUACAUCAAUUGUGACCGCCUUACACCAAUAUUGGCAGGAUCUAUUCCUUCAUCAGUUAAAACUCUAUUAUUGGAAGGUCUUCCUCAGUUGUAUCUUAAAACAAUCCCACAUUCAGUCACCACGUUGACCCUUGCCGACCUUGAAUCAGUACCAGCCAGUUACGUUUUUCCAGAUAGUAUCACCGCGCUCUAUAUCAGUGGAAUAAAGUGCCAAUUCGAUGGAACUCUAUUACCAAACAGCAUCAAGUAUUUUGCCGUUCAUGGAGAUUACAAUUUCCCACUCAAAUCAUGUAUUCCACCAUCGACAAAAUAUUUUGACUACCAAGUCAAUAGUACAUCAGAAGUUAAAUUCAAUGCCAAUGAUAUUCCAGAUGGAGUUACUCACAUUAGAAUAGGUACCAGAUUCGAUAAAGCAUUAGUUCCAGGAUUUAUUCCAGACAGUUGUGAGUAUUUGGACUUUGCAUUCUGCUAUGAUAGAGUACCACUUUGGGGUAGGGUACCAAAACAUUUGAAAACUGUCUGUUGCAAUCCAGUCUGUCUAAAGAUUAGUGAAAAUAUCCCACAGUCUAUCAAACAAAGAGUUUCAAACGAAGGUCAUGAUGGGGAAUAUUGGGGAACAUUAUACCUUGAGUUUUGGGACUUGCAAAACUGGUACUUGGAGAUUUAA